CAGUAUCAUUGCGACAGUUAUCAGUUUGCUUAUAAGAGCGCGGUUUCCGCAUCGAUAUCUUUUAGCGAAAAAUUCGAUUUUGGAUUUAUUAUCAACGUGAAAUAGAAGUUUUAUCGCAAAACUUUCCAUAUGGUGAUGGAUUCAACCGUAUUUCGGACUCGUUCCCACGGCACGCCGGCCGAGGGUGUCAAGGAUCAAUACGCGGAUGGCAGAGCGGCGAAAGUCUGGGAGUUCUUCAUCGGUGACCUUAAGCAGCGUACGCAGAAUUAUCGGGACUUCCUGGUGGGUCUGCUGCGACAAAGGGGAUGCCGUCGAGUGCUGGACGUCGCCUGCGGCACCGGGGUCGAUUCCGUGAUGCUGGUGGAGGAGGGCUUCGAGGUCGUCAGCAUCGACGCCUCCGACAAGAUGCUGAAGUACGCGUUGAAGUCCAGGUGGAACCGCAGGAAGGAGCCUGCCUUCGACAACUGGGUGAUUGAAGAGGCGAAUUGGCUAACCCUAGCCCAGGAUAUUAGUCACCUCAUUGGAGAAGGUUUCGAUGCAGUUAUAUGUUUGGGAAAUAGUUUCGCCCACAUGCCUGAUACUUUCGACGAUCAGAGAGAACAGAAGCAAGCUCUGGCGAAUUUUGAGCGUUGCGUAAGACCGGGAGGUUUACUACUUAUCGAUCACAGAAAUUAUGACUAUAUAAUCAAUACCGGCCAAACUCCUCCCAAAUGCAUAUAUUAUAAUAGCGAGCACAUGUUGGACAUCAAGACGUCGGUGCUCUACGUCGCCGGAAAACCGCGGAUCGUCACUAUGGAUUACAUGAUCGCUCUGGAUGAGGAGAACAUGGAUGAUCCCGAGAACAUCAGCGAGUUCAGGCUGUCGUAUUAUCCUCAUAAAUUAACAGUCUUCCGGGAUAUGCUGACCGAGACAUUCAACCACAGGACGAAGCACACAAUCUACGGUGACUUUAAGCCGCUCAAUGAGAUCGAGGAGCCCGGAUUUUACAUCCACGUGCUGGAAAAACAACUUUAAAGAGUGAGAAACACGAGAAAUAAAAUGUGAUAUAUUAUUCAUCCUUAAACAGUUCAUCAGCUUUCCGGAACAAUCAAACGUUCCAUCACACGAGACUGAAUAAUAUUAAAUAUUAAAUAAUAUUAAAAUACUGGUCAUCUGUUUAUAGAGACGAAUGGUGAAUUAUUUUUCAUUUUUUUAUAUACA